ACUCAGCACCCUACAGCUAGCUAUACACCAUCGACAGUCCCACACCUUUAGUGAAACAGACACUCCCGUCACAAUCUCCUGAACUAGCUAGAAUCAAACAGACCAAAGCUCUAAAUCAUUCCAGAGCUUAACAAUCAUGACCACCUCCCGCAGCAUUGAGCACUACAAAACCAACGUCCACGCCCACUGGGAGGGCAAACACGCCAAGGACUGGACGGAGGUCGACCUCAUUGGAUACGAGAACGCGACGAAUCGCUUAUACAACGAGCUGUGUGCGCAUCCGGACGCGGCAGUCGUGCAGGUCGGCCAUCGAUCGACCCUGCUCAACAACCAUGGCAGAGACUACCGGUUCAAUGGCAAGUUCUCCAGCGAGCAGACGCAGCCGGAGCGCAGUCACCAUGAGUACAACCGGUUUGGGAAGCUGAUGAAGUGGGAGGGCGAUCGGUGGUAUGCUUAUGAUUUUGAGGUGGAGAUUACUGAUCAUAUGAGGGCUUAGAAGGGGGUGGGGACGUAUGUCCCUAGGUUGGAUGUUGCGCUGGGGUUGGUCGUGAGUGAAAACUGAUUCUGUAAGGCUGGAGCUUUGCGGUUGCCCCCCCUACUGUCUAAUCAAAAUUAUGUGAUCGCCAGUUUUUUCUGACCCGCAGGAAGAUAGGUGCUGGUGUAAUACUUGGGGAGGGAUCUGAUCUCAAAUCCGAAUUGACUGUUUCACUUCAUAUUCUGACCAGGUCUUGAUGCGCUCUUU